UGUUAAGAGGAGGGACUGUGAGGUGACAUUCUAGAAGCAUGGAGAGGGUAGGAUAGGAGGCAUAUAACUAUUCCCUCAUAAACAGGGGUUUUGGGGCAGCCAUGUCUUACUUCCUGUCUCCACAAACUCAUCCAGGUCUUCUGCCUUCUGGCCAAGGUGGGGCUGCUUCUCCGGGUUCCUCCCUUGGCCUCUAUAGUCCUGCAGAGCCAGUGGUGGUAGCCUCUGGUGGACCAGGCCCUCUGAGCCAGAAAGCUGAGCAGGUGGUACCUGGUGUCCAGGCAGUACCUGGUGUCCAGGCAGUACCUGAAGCCAGGCGCUGCCCUGGGGGUGCUAGCUGGGAGACAAUGCCGAGGAAGGAGUACAAUCGAUACUGCCACAAAGUCUGCCUCCCAAGGCAACCGGAGAGCUUGGGCUGGGAGGCUGGCUGCUCCAGAAGCAGAGCUCCCCACAUGGGUGGCCCCAGCAGGCCUGGGCCCCUGCUGCUGUGUGGGCUGUCACCAGGGGUUCUGCCAGUGCCCUCUGAAGCAGGGGGGAAGGAUGCCGGCUCCCAGUCUAACAUCUGCAUCCUGACCUUGGCCAUGAUGAUCGCCGGCAUCCCCACCGUGCCUGUCCCAGGCCUGCGGGAAGAGGACUUGAUCCGUGCAGCUCAAGCUUUCAUGAUGGCCCACCCCGAGCCAGAGAGAGCUGUGCAGCGGGCACAGUGGGUGCAGACACAGGCCCACACAGCCUCCGGGGAGAUGGCCCUAGUGAGGUCCAGGAGGGGCCAGCCUCCUGGCUCCUGCUUGUAGCUGGAUGAAAUAGCACCAGACACACAGGGUGG